GAUCGGAAAGUCAGAGGAAGCGUUAUGUUAAAAGUAUCAGAAGAUAGAGCUUCGUACAGAUCGAUGAGGAUGAACCGACGAAAAGUGAAGGCACCGUCUUUUCAGGGAAGAUGGCGAUCACCUCGCACAAGUGCAGCAAGGAGAGCAAAGUGGAAAUGUCGACUAGAAGUUGGGUAGCAAGACCGAUCUUAAGCCCUGACAUCACGGACGACCCACCUCUCGAGGAUGUUUACGUGGGUUUGCUUAAGCAGAAAAGGGACAUCUCGACUGCGAUUCAGUGUAUCGCACCCAUUCUGCCGGGCUUCCAUCAUCUCAAACGCUGCUUCUCGCAGAGGCUGCUAUUGGCACCGUUAAAUUCCGCGGAACUGUUAGCAGGAAACAAGGAAUGCGACACUUUGACUGCGGACAAAUUGAGAACGCUGCUAAGGGACGGAGGAUUCGAUCUGUCUCUGUUGGAGGAUGAUUUUCAGAUUUUAAAGGUACCAGCGAAAGCAGUGAAGACGAAAGCACAAGCAGCGCGGGCGUCGAGCAUUUGGCCCUUGAACUUUCAUCCGGAUCCUAAUAUCGAGAGUCUGAUCGAUGGAUCGGUUUUCACGGAACAUCAAUUAGACCUGAUAGAGAGGUAUAUGAUCGUCGUGGUGGAGACAGCGAGAUUAGAAGCUGUCGGCGAUCGGAAUUGCAACGGCAGCGCCGUGAUCGUUGACCCAGAGGAUGGGAGGAUCCUCGCGAUCGCAGCUUCCAAAAUCGAUCAGCAUCCGAUGUGGCACGCAGCUAUGCUAGCCGUGGAUCUCGUUGCCAGGCUUCAGGGUGGUGGUGCUUGGAAAUUGGAAGAAAAGUCGGAACAGAGUACCAGCGAGUCGAAAACGGCAGAGCCUGUUAACGAAAGAGAAACGGAGGACUAUGUAGCCAGGGAAAGAAAGAUAAAGAGGAAGUACACAGAGGAGGCUCCGCUUUAUUAUCCAACUUCGCUGUCGAAAAUUAAUCUUCCAGAGGAAGAGCCUCUGAACACUGCUGUGGUUCGACGAGGACGUAGGAAUAACGACCCUGCGAAGGCUAAAUCGGAAGAAAUGGGAAACGCGGGAAAGUGUGGUCCCUAUUUGUGCACAGGGUACUGGGCGUUUCUGCUGAUGGAGCCCUGUCCUCUUUGCGCCAUGGCACUCUUGCAUUCCAGGGUUCUGAGGAUAUUUUACGGGAUUCCUAACGAGAAUACAGGCGUGUUGGGGUCCAAGACGGUGUUGCACGCUAUACCUGGGUUGAAUCAUCGGUAUCAAGUUUGGAGUGGCGUUCUGGAGCAAGAAUGUCGACAAGCGCUACGAAACAUCGAGCACAGAAAUACGAAUUGACUCACACGGUAUAUCCGCAACAAUUGAUCGUAAUUUUCUAACGAGCAACUAUUCGCGGAACAGCGAAUAACGAAGAUCGUGGAAGCGCAGAGGAGAAUCGCGGGCUGUUUGUAUCUUUGGGAAAAUUAAAAGCAUCGAAAGCGAUCCCGCGUGUUUCGCUGCGAUUCGACGAACACGGUCGUGAUUUUUCUUUCUUAACCUUCGAUAAUGACAUUCACGAAAGAUUCGCCCUUGGCAUUGUCGGGAAGUAAGUUAGUGGAGUCGCGAUGCUAUAACAUCGAUGUAGCAACCGGUUUAUAAUUUCAAUCAAAAGCAGGCGGCGCAGAAGAUCUUACACGUGGUUCGGACGUGCGUUCGUCCAUUAUGAGGCAGAUAUAUGAACGACCUUGGUGUCUUAGUAUAAUUUGCAGAAAUAGAGGUCUCUACUAGUGGCUGCUGCUACGCUCCUUCGUCUACGCGACGAGUUAACACUUACGUCUAUUACACAACCACGCGUUCCCAACGUGGAACGAUCAUAAAAAUCAUUUUUUCGAAUACUUUUGCUUCGGUACCGUUCGAAUUAAAGCUGAUUAGACGUCGCAACGUUCUUCCAGUGAAUCGGUAUAAAAACCGCUCUAACUCCGUUUCAUUUGGCUCUCGGUGGC